GUUACAGCAUAGUACAGUACAGUCAAGAUUCGGAUUUUUUAUAUUUCGAAAAACGAUGAUGCCGAGGCAGGGGUUCUCAUCUCGCUACCAACCUUGUUUGGCUUGCACUGUCUAGCGUUCCACGUCGAGGUCUGGUUCGCGAAAACGUUGCAGUGUCACGUUGGGUCAAAAGGAACUGAUUACAAAAUGGCUUGGAGAUCGCAUGGUUCAACCAAUGAGAAAAUGAUUCGUGCUCUGAAAAGCAAUGAUAUCAUCAAGUCUGACAAUGUAUACCAGGCAAUGCUGAAGGUGGACAGGUCAGAAUUUUCCAAACGCAAUCCUUACAUGGACUCACCGCAAGGGAUUGGCUUUGGUGCUACUAUCAGUGCACCACAUAUGCAUGGUCAUGCACUAGAGUUGCUAGCUGGUCAUCUAAAGGAAGGAAACCGAGGCCUUGAUAUUGGAUCUGGAAGUGGCUACUUGUCCGUCUGCAUGGCAUUGAUGGUUGGCGAUAGUGGACGCGUAGUUGGAAUGGAUCACAUUAGUCGGCUAGUUAAAGAUUCCAUCGAGAAUGUGCGAAAAUCUCACGGGAGCUUACUAGACACGGGAAGGCUAAAACUUAUUGAUGGUGAUGGUAGGAAAGGUUACGAACCAAAUGGUCCAUAUGAUGCAAUUCACGUUGGUGCUGCAGCUGAUGGAACUCCUCAUGCUCUCAUCAACCAACUCAAGUCUGGGGGAAGGCUCAUUGUUCCUGUCGGUCCAGCCGGAUUCAAUCAGGUGCUCAUGCAGUAUGACAAGCUAGCCGAUGGUACGACUGUAAAGAAGAACCUGAUGGGUGUGAUAUACGUGCCGUUAACGGACAGGGAAGCACAGUACCCAAUUGAGAUUGCUUAGGAUGAUCUGUGAGAAGCUUGCUGGCAUCAUGAGGACCACAUCGAGUGGCAGCCCUCCUCCAUCUUGUUUCAAGUAUUCUCACAACGCAUAACAUUCGCAUCUCACGUAACAGUCGUGUGGCGUACGUAGCAAUUUAUGUGUCACUGCCUGUCUCGCUAUUGCGUCACGCCUAUUAAUUGUGCCAUGCUUGGUGCAGAGUUGGUGCUGAGAGGUCCUGCGAUCGUUAUUUGGCCCUCGUCAUGAGUUCUCAUCAAUUCAAUACUGCUUUUUGCCGGAGUCGGCCGUUUCCGUAAGACAGUAACAAUUUCAAUGAAAAGGUAUUUACGUUUAAGAACAGAUUCGAUGUCGGUAGUGAAACAGAAUUAAUGGAUGGUCUAGUAGCCACUCAAUAGACAUUAUCGUUAUUGUCAUGGGCCUGGAAUGAAAAGGACUAUUUAUGAAGUGAAUGAGUACUCAUUAAUUGUAACUUGAUCAAAUGUUUACGCUAGUAAUUCCUACAAAAUUUCGGGCAGUAUGUUUCAUCCAAUGUGUAUACCUAACCGGUAGGUCUUGCUACCUUGCUAAAAGGUCUGUUUGCAUCAUCAGAAUCGAGGAUAAUGCUGGCUGCGUGUUUAUUGUAGCUGCGGCUAUUGCCUAUUGCGCAACAGCAGAAUUGAGAUUGACUCCUGCUCAUAAACUUGUUACUACAUUUGUAUUGUAUGCCAAAUAUUAUUUUCUAGUAGAAUUACGAUUACCAUGAACAUAUAUAUAUACUAGUCCCAUGAGUAUAGAUGUGGUCAUGCUAAUACAUAGUAUACAUAUUAUGUACAUGGUAUCAGUUAUCAGUUUACACAUGUUCAGCUGCAUGUUAAAUCAGCUUUCUGUCUGCCUGUUUGUUUUUGUUUUUCUCUCCCUCUCUUACUCUCUCUCCCUCUCGUUCGCUCUCUUUCUCUCG